UACAACCGAAAACUAAUGUUACUAAGAAGCCAUCCGAUAAAAGUAAAGAUUUCGCAGUUGUGAAACCGGACAUUCCUGCGAUAACUGCAAAGACAGAAACUCUGCCCUCGAUCGCAAAGCCCUAUAUUGCAACAGUUGCCGAUGCAGACAGUACUUCGGCGACAGCAAAGCCUUCGCUGCCGUCUCGUGUACAGAGUAGUGGAAAUCAAAGUCUCAAGAAAGUCGACUGUCCAAGCAUUGAAGUCAAACCACCAGUGGCAGUAAGCCACACUGCUGCUGCUGCACCUGUCGAAAACCUUACUACACAGAAAGAACCGACGUUGCUCUUAAGUGAUGCCCAAGAAAAGAAGGCAGUUGAGAGUAGCGCUUCGACGUUGAGACCUAGUAUACUAAAACCUUCGAAAGCAGCUUUGAACCGACCACAAACACCAAUAACUGCCAGAAACCUCGACUCCACACCCUUGAAACCGCAAAAUCCUCCCUCGACGACUGCUUUGGCUACAUCUUCCGUAGAAACUGCAAACUACAUAUAUAAAAUCGUAGAGGUAGCACAAGCUAAAUCAUCUCAACCCGUGCCAGCAGCUGAACUCUCAAUUGAAGACUACGAUCGUCUUAAGGAAAUUGAUCAGAAUCUACACUAUUCAACUUACUAUCCACCGGACUUUGAAGAUAUUCCAGAAGACAUUAGUGACGAUGAUCGUGCUUCGACUUCUAGUCCCGAUGAAAUUCAUUCUGAAAUAUCUUCACCCUCUACACUUUCUGAAGUCUCCGAAGAACUUGACCAGCAUCUUUCAGACGACGAUGAUUUCAAUAACGUGAAGAAUGCCAAGCCUGCGUCUGCAUCGUCGUCGUCCAAGUCCUCCAGCUGCUCGCUCAGUCCAUUGACGGUUAGAGCUUCAAUCCCUCCGCCCUACUCUAAUUGGUAUGAAACUAAACCUAUCGAUCAAUGGACAUCGACUGAUGUACAC